AUGGAAUUUGAACAUCGUAGAUGGAUGUAUAAUAGGACUCAUCCUAAUCGUGCGGGAUUGAGGGAGGAAUUUAUAGAAGGAGUUGCGGGGUUUAUUGCUAAGGCGAAAUCGCUAAAUGAUUUUCUUAUUGAAGGGACAAUUAGGUGGCCUUGUAUUAAAUGCAAGUGUGUCAAAUUAUUGAGACCAGAUGUAGUUGAACUUCAUCUUUACAAGAAUGGAUUUAUAGAAAAUUAUUAUGUGUGGACUGUUCAUGGAGAGAAUCAUGAUUUUCAUAAUUCUUUUGGUGGUGAGGGUAGUCCCAGAGUAGAGAAUAAUUUUGAAAAUUCUCGAUUCAAUAAAAUGAUGAGAGAUGCUUUUGAGAUGUUCCCGGGGGCUCAAUCCGAACCAAAUGAUAAGGCUAAACGCUUUUAUGAACAACUAGAGGAAGCUAGUCGUCCAUUGUAUAAAGGCUCAAUGCAUUCCAAGUUGUCUGUUGCAGUUAGACUACUAACUAUCAAAUCUGAUAUUUCUAUUUCUCAAGCGGGCAUGAAUUCUAUCAUUGGGCUUAUGAAUGAACUAAAUCCGAAUAAUAUUUACUUACCCAAAGAUUUCUAUACUGCAAAGAAAUUGGUGUCCAAGUUAGGACUUUCAUCAGAGAGGAUUGACUGUUGUGAGAAAGGAUGCAUGUUAUUUUAUAAGGAUGAUGCAACAUUAGAAAAUUGUAAGUUUUGUAACCAACCUCGUUAUAAGGAGGUUACAAAUGCUAAUAAGAAGAAGGUUCCUGUGAAGGCGAUGCAUUACUUACCCCUUAUACCAAGGUUAAAGAGGUUGUACGCAUCAAUGAGCUCCACUCCUCAUAUGAGAUGGCACUAUGAACAUAGAAGGCCAACCGGUGUUCUAUGUCACCCGUCAGAUGGAGAAGCAUGGAAGCAUUUUGAUAGGAUGUUCUCGGACUUUGCAAGUGAACCAAGAAAUAUUAGGUUGGGAUUAUGUGCUGAUGGAUUCACUCCAUUUGCAGUCUCCGCCGCACCAUAUUCAUGUUGGCCAGUGUUUGUUACGCCGUAUAAUCUUCCUCCAAAGUUUUGUAUGACAAUUCCAUAUUUGUUCCUAACUUGCAUUAUUCCAGGUCCACGCAAUCCAAAAAGUUUGAUUGAUGUAUACAUGCAGCCGUUGAUUGAUGAGUUAAAGUUAUUGUGGCAUCAAGGUAAGGAAACCUAUGAUAUAUCAACUAAACAGAACUUCAGAUUGCGUGCAGCUUUAAUGUGGACUAUAAAUGAUUUUCCUGCUUAUGGAAUGCUAUCCGGGUGGUCUACUGCUGGAAAGUUAGCUUGCCCGACUUGCAUGGAAGACACAAAAGCGUUCACUUUGAAACAUGGAGGUAAGAACACAUGGUUUGACUGUCACCGUCGUUUCUUGCCAAUGGAUCAUGAAUUUAGGAGAAACACUAGUGCAUUUAUGAAGAAUCAAACUGAUUAUGAAGAGCCACCUUCAGUCUUGUCGCCAGAAGAAAUUUGGAAUAGAGUUAGGGAUCUACCUAAGCAUAUUUUGGGAGUUACCUUAUUGGAAGCAUAA